UAGAACCAAGAUCACAGAGCAUUCCAAGGCCUUCCCAGCCUAGAUGGGGCCCGCCCCCCUCCACUACCCCCCAGUGGGCCUCAUGUGGAUGCUGGCACUAGGUGGGGUUUUCCUGGCAGCCGCCCAGGCCUGUGUCUUCUGCCGCCUCCCGGACCGAGAUUUGUCAGGCCGCCUGGCUUGGCUCUGCAGCCAGAUGGAGGCCCAGUGGAGGGACUGUAAGGCUUCCUGGAACUUCUCGGCCUUUGCCUUAGAGAUCAAAGGCUCUCUCUCCUCACUCCCUUCAUAUUGGCAAUGGCUUCAAAAGACCAAGCUCCCGGAGUACACCAGGGAAGCUCUCUGUGCUCCUGCCUGCCAGGGCAGCACCACCCUGUACAACUGCUCCACCUGCGAGAGCAUGGAGGUGUACUGUUGGCCCCGAAAGCGCUGUUUGCCAGGAAGACAUGAUCUUUGGGAAGCCAGGAUUCUGCUCCUCUGUGUCUUCGGAGCUGUCCUGCUCCUGGGUGUUCUGAGCCUCAUGGUGGAGUCCAGCCACCUCAAAGCAAAAAGUAACUUGUGAAGACGCUGACAGCCUCCCAGCCUCCAGUUCUAAGGAGCAUGUACCCACAACUUCCACUUCCCUUGGGCAGGGGAACCCGUCAGCCCCUUAGUUCCAGCCCCAAAGGUUUAGUCUUCCAGACCCUGAAACCCAGCUAUCCCCAUGAUCCCAGUGUCAGAUAGCCUCCAGGGACCCAGGCACCCACAGCUGGAAAGUUCCUC